AUUGUAUAAAAGUCUCUUAAUAUGCUGAAGCAAAACGGUGCAUUUCAUUUUGUUUCCGGAAAAGAUGUAGCCCAGCGGUGAGUGCAAAAAGCUAUCUUCAAAUUAACCCUAGAAAGAAACUAGCAAUGGCUGGUGGUCGCCGGAGAAUUGCGCCGGCGGCGAACAAGACCGUCGUGGACGAAAAGGUACCGGAGAAAGAUUGUGUCGGUGAAGACUCUGUGAUCGUUGUUGAUGAUUCGUCUUUGGAAGAUGAAAUCGCACAGAUUCGUGGACGAUGGGAACUGGCGUCUGUUCUCAAUUUCUUGACCCUUUUUCAGCCACUUAUUGGUACUGAUUUGAAGUUGACGGCGGAGGACAUCGAGAAUGGUCUUGUUACGGCCAACAGUUCGCUUGCUCAACUUCACAUUAAGCUGUUGAAGGGGAUACCACCUGUGAGUAAAACACUUAACAGCUCUGAUGCAUGGGUGACGGCACUUUGUAAGAAAAUUGCUAUAUGGUGGCCAUGGGUUGCUGAAGGCGAUAUGCCCUUGACCGCAGCCAAUGGAAAGGAGAUAUCCAGAUAUAAAGAACUAGAUCCAACAAAGCGUUUACAGAUUCUGAAAGCACUUUGUGAAAUCCGAGCUGAUCAAAAUGAUGUUGUAUCAUAUAUUAAUGACUCUUUGAAAAAUGGAACUGAAAUUUCCUGUUUCCGCAAAGAUAAGAUUGGGGGAGAUGGAAAGGCAACUUCUUACUGGUGUGAUGGAAGUGCAGUUGUUGGCCAUAGAUUGUAUAAGGAAGUACAGAAGACUGAGCCAAAAUCAAAAAUGAGGGGGAGAAAUUCUAAUAACCCACCAGCUAUCUCUCUUCAGUGGGAAACUGUAGCAACCAAUCUUGAGGAAUUUCGAGAAGUUGUGGAUAAACUUUCAUCUAGCAAGAUUGUGGGAGAAAUUGCUGUUGGCAAAACUAUCGAAACUGAUUUUCUCCCUGUUAUUGAGAAACUUCAGAAGAAGAAAGAAAGGGCACUCAAACAAAAACAAAGGCAAGAAAGGCUCCUGAAUGAUUUUAGAUCCUGCGGGAUUGGGAUUACUCGUGCCUGUCGCAGUCGAAGGCCUGUCAAUUACACCUUUGAUGACUAUGAUCGAGCAAUUGAUGAGGCUUUAGAAAUAACAAAGAAAAGGAAGACAGAGCAAAAGAACGAGAAGAAGCAUAUUAUGCAGGAAAAGUCUCCAUCGGAUGGCGUUUCAGACAGUGGUGCAGACUUGAAAGAAAGUCGUAUGGAAAAUGGUGAUUCAGAUAUGGAGGCAGACUCGGAAGAUGAAAAUAUUAAAAAUGGUGAAUCCUCAGAUAGUGAAACUCAAAGUCAAAGGAUUCAGCAAGAUACUAGUGGCAAUGGUGAUGAUGACAAUGAUUGUUAUGACAGCAAAAGCAGCGAUAAUGAUAAGGGCAGUGAAUCUUGCUAUUCUGGUGAGGAAAAAGACAUUCUUAGUGAGAGGAACUGUUCUCAGAAGCCUAUUGGGUCACGAUGGAGUAAAAGGUUGGCAGGAGUUAUGAACCGUCCUGCUAUGGAAACAAGCAACUUGGCUAUGAAGAAUAGGUUGAGGCAGAGACCAACUCGUAACUCUGCCCUUGAUUCUAUUGUGCCUGAUUCAGAGGAUGCAAGCUCGUCAGAUGAUAAAAAUGAUGAGAUUUCCGAAGGGGAAGUUUCGUCACCAGAAGCUAACUCAGAAGAGUCAAAUGAUGGUUAAAACUUAUCAACACAAGGAAAUUUUGGGGCACAUAAUUGAAAAUGUUGGGGAAAUAUGUUAUUGUCAUGGUUCCAGAGAACCAUAUUUUUGUCUAAAUUUCUUGAAAAGGUUCUAUAUAAAGUAAUAAUAUCUUAUUAUGACUGCUAA